AUGCUGCUAACGCACUUUUAUGUUUUGUUUUUUAUGGCGUGGACUUGCUCGGCUGGUCCGAUUUCUCGUUCUACUGUUCUUGGAUACUAUCCGUUUGAUGUAUCGCCCGCCGAGACAACCUUGGCUGCUGGUGCGAAUUACUUGGUUGUGCGCGAUGAAGACGAUUUAACAAUCAAUCCCGUGACGCCUUCUUGGCUGGUGUCGUCUAGCUAUGUCUCUACGAAGUCUGUUAGCGAGGAGCAGAGCUCGCAGACUGCAAGCGCGUCUGCAACGGUCUCUGUUUCGUCUGCCUCGAGGGCAGAAGCUACAACAACCUCUACCUCUGCUUCGCUUCUGCUCACUUCAACCGUUCUGUCUACUUCUGUAUCCUCGACAUCAACAUCUGCUGGCAAGAAUGCCAAUAAACCAGUUAUCGUUUAUCCAGAAACGUCGAAAGAUACUACAACUCCGACCAGUUCGACUCCCACUACAAAGAGCGUCACUUCGUCAAGCAAAAAUGACCCCAUUACGACCUCCUCAAUGGCUACGGACCUUACGAAUAUCACUCCAUCUUCCGUCUUAUCCCAUACCUCCACAUUCUCUUCUGACAAGAUAUCUUCCCCGUUUACAACGGCGCAAGAAACAACAAAGACUUCUUCGGAGAAAAUAUCCUAUAGUGGAAUCACACGCAAAGCCUCAACUAAAGUCAAAAGCGAGUCCUCAACAUCAACUGACGACAUUUGCGAGGAUUGCUGGACCACGACAUCAACUAUCUGGUGGAACGCUACUCUAUCUGCGACCACGACACCGUAUCAAACAGCCACAUCGACUGAAAAGUCGAAAUCAUCACAAGCAUUGAUACCAUCCAAAACAGCAACCCUAUCGAAGACGCCGACCUCGUUUGAAACUUCGGCAUUUGCGAAACUCUCAACAUCGUCGUCCACACCAUCCAGAUCAGCCACGGUGACUAAUAAAGCUACAACCCUGCCAGCAACCUUGGCCUCAUCCGAAGCUUCGAAAUCGUCUAAGAUUGCCAAAUCGACUGGUAUAUCGAGACUGCCUAAGCAGUCGUCGGUACCACUUAUCAGGACAUCUACAUCCUCGACAACGCCAAUACAGUCGCAGAGUCCAUCACCGACAUCCUCGGCCUCUAUAUACUUCGUGACAGGUGACAUAAUCGAGUAUGUCUCCUCCGGCGAGACAACAGCGUACUCCACAGGCACAGUUCUUCACUCCUUUUCAUCGGCAUCUUCAAGCGAGUCUCCAAUGAGCACAGCGAUAUCCGCGACGCAGAUAAAUGCAGCGAUUAAUUCGCCAACCACAUCGACUACAUCGUCUACAACUGAAGAGUCAGAGACAACUAUCACAGUUAAAGCAACGCAAACAGCAAAAGUCACAGUCACGCAGCCUGGUCUGACAGUGACCGAGACCGAGAGCCCGGUUACAGUUACCGAGUCCCCUGCAACUGUUACUAUCGUGGAGAGUCCAGCGGUGACAACCGGAGAGACUUCAACUGAGACUCCAGAGAUUGCGUCUGAAAAGGCUGUUGCGACUCCGACAACAACAUAUACCUCUUCUUCUGAGGGGGCUGCUGGCUCUAUCUCCACAAUUUCCCUUGUGUCUAGUAGUCAUCAGGCGGCUGCUGCUUCGGAGACUGAACAGGCUAGCUCUACGGCUGAGAGUGCGUCCGUGGCCGUUUAUACAUCUACAACCAUCGCUACAAAAGCCUCGACUACCGUGGUGACAUCAACUGAUGUGGUAACGUCAACCGCCGUCGUAACUUCUACUGCCGUGGUAACGUCGACUGCCAUACACACGUCUAUUACCGUCAUUACAUCAACGGACGUGGUAAAAUCAACAACCACAACUACUGAAACCGAGAUAAAAUCAACCAGCUCGGAUGCCGGGUUGGCGAUUGUUCCUGUGACGCCCGUUUUGGUUACUACGACGAAGACAGAGACUGUGACUGAGGCUACGGCUACAGUGACGAAGACAUAG